UUGGGCGCUGAGCCAAUGACGUAAAGCGGAGGCCGUCACUGGCGUCAGGUUGGGCGGGACUUCUUGGUCGAGUAUUAGGAUGUCGUUUACAAGUGGUCUGUCAAGCCUUACGGGCUUUCCCCACUGGAGCACUGAGCAUUGACCACUCCACAGAAAAAGGUCUUCUGUACCGAGCAAAGAGCCGUGAGAAGACUAGAACCCACCGCCACACUUUUGUGUGAGCCGUGACCCGGCUUGGAACGGGUUGUCAGCCGAGCGUUCGAGCUCCCAGCCCUCCGUCCUCACAGCUCCCAGAGGCGGCUCCCGGAGCCUGAUGCGCAUUCCACACCGCAGACACUCAGGUCCCAGGUACUUCUGUGCAGGGCUGGCCUCGGGUCGGCUGAACCCUCUCUACCGACUUUUGUCACCGCCUCCCGCCGUCCCACUCUGCCUACGGGCCCCAUGGCGGCGCCGGCGCUGGCGUUGAUAUCAUUUGAAGAUGUGGCCAUAACCUUCACUGGGGAGGAAUGGAGACAUCUAGACCUGGCUCAGAGGACCUUGUACCAGGAGGUGAUGCUGGAGACUUGUGGCCUCCUGGUCUCACUGGGGCAUCCUGUUCCCAAGGCAGAGCUGAUUCAUCUACUGGAGUAUGGGCCAGGACUGUGGACGGUAAAGAGAGGCCUCUCCAGAAACACCUGUACAGGUGAAAAAGCAAACCCCAAGACCACAGAGCUUACUGCUUCUCAGCUGGCCCUCACUGAGGAAUCCUUUUUUGAGGAACAAGUGACACAUGGCACUUCAAGGGAUUCCUGGCUGGGGCAAGCACAGUAUCAGGAAAAACUGUCCGAAAUGCAGGAAGGGAACUGGAGGCCAAGAGCAGAUCCCCACAAGGAGACAUGCCUGAGGAAGUUGAGCCAUAAACCCGAUGACUUUGAGACAGAUGAUAGUCUUUGUUUAGGGGUUUUACCGGAGCAAGUCACUAUACAAGAUGCUCUGCAUGAAUCUGAUUCCCAACAACCAGGAAAAGACCUGGUUGUUGAUUUAAGGAAUAACCUCUAUAAGUGCAAGGAAUGUGGAAAAGAUUUUAGCAAGAAUUGGGCCCUUAUUCGGCAUCAACAGAUUCACUCUGGAGUGAAGCCUUAUGAAUGCAGUGAAUGUGGGAAAGCCUCUCGUUAUAUGGCAGACUUCAUUCGACAUAUGAGGUUUCAUACUGGGGAAAAGCCGUACAAGUGUAUUGAGUGUGGGAAAGCCUUCAAACGCAGGUCUCACCUCACAGAGCACCAGCGUAUUCACACAGGAGAUAAACCCUAUGAAUGCAAAGAAUGUGGUAAAGCUUUCACCCAUCGCUCCUCUUUCAUCCAGCAUAAUAUGACUCACACUAGAGAAAAGCCCUUUUUGUGCAAGGAAUGUGGGAAAGCCUUUUACUACAGCUCCUCCUUCACUCAACACAUGAGGAUUCACACUGGAAAGAAACUCUAUGAGUGCAGCAAAUGUGGAAAGGCCUUCACUCACCGCUCCACUUUUAUCCAGCAUAAUAUGACCCACACAGGAGAAAAACCCUUUUUGUGUAAAGAAUGUGGAAAAGCUUUCUGUCUCAACUCAUCCUUUACUCAACACAUGAGGAUUCACACUGGAGAGAAACCCUAUGAGUGCAGUGAGUGUGGAAAAGCCUUUACUCAUCGAUCUACUUUCAUCCGGCAUAAGAGGGCACAUACUGGAGAGAAGCCCUUUGAGUGCAAAGAAUGUGGAAAAGCAUUUUGUGACAGUUCUUCCUUAAUUCAGCACGUGAGGAUUCACACUGGUGAGAGACCCUAUGAAUGCAGUGAAUGUGGAAAGGCCUUUACACACCAUUCUGUUUUUAUUAGACACAAUAGGACCCAUAGUGGGAAAAAACCUUUGGAGUGUAAAGAAUGUGCAAAAGCCUUUUACUAUAGCUCUUCCUUUACUCGACACAUGAGGAUUCACACUGGGGAAAAGCCUUAUGUAUGCAAAGAAUGUGGAAAGGCCUUUACCCAACCUGCAAAUUUUGUUCGGCAUAAUAGGAUCCACACUGGAGAAAAGCCCUAUGAGUGCAAAGAAUGUGAGAAGGCCUUUUGUGACAGCUUUGCCUUAACUCAACAUGUGAGAACUCACACUGGAGAGAAACCCUUUGAAUGUGGUGAAUGUGGGAAGGCCUUCAGCCACAGUUCAUCCUUCACUCACCAUCAAAAGAUUCACACCAGAGUUUAGAAGAUGGAGGAAGGCCUUGUGCAAGUUUGCUCACUUCAGGCAAAUUUUAGUGAACUCAUACUGGUGAAGUACCUUUCGUUUUUGAACAUAACUAUUCAGGGAAGUCUUUUGGCCAGAGAGAUAUCUUACUCAGUGUCAGAAGAGAAACAUCAUAAUUGUCAUCUCUGUGAAAGCUUUCUAUGGCAGGUCAUCUAAAGGGUAAUACUAGAAAUUGACACUGGCUACAGCUUUACACUACAUCUGAGAAUCCACAAGGGAGACUCAGUGGUUGUCAUGCAUUUGGGGAAAAUGUCAGCAACAGUCCUUCCUACGUUUAUUACAAGUCCAUCUCAAGAGCAUUUAAAGAGAUGUAGAAGAGAAAGGAAAGAGAAAUGCAUAUGUGUCUUUUUUCUGAUCUCCCUGCCAAGCUUAUGACAAUUUGUCAUUUGUGUGGGGGCAGGGGAGGGGCUGAAAGGGGAGAGAUCUAAGGCCUCAUCCCCUUUAUGUAUUUUUUUAUAUCCAUAGUCAGGAGAAUUGGACCAUUGGGAUAUAAGCUCUACUAACAUUUACUGAAAGUUAUUUGUUACAAAAUAUUGACAUAUAACAUGUCAGUGUCAUGUCUACCAUUGAGCAUAAGACCUGAGUCAUGAAAUACAUAUACAUACAUCAUAUGCAGUCAGUUCUUGUUAUUCAUGGUAGUUAUAGUCUAUAAGUUCACCAUAAACACUGAAUUAGUGAAUACUGAACCAUUGCUUCUAGUGGCAAUACAGAUUUAGGUACCUGUGAGCAUCUGUUCACAUUUUCAUCAAUCAAUCAAUAUGUAAUCUUCUAUGGAAUUUUUUUUUGUUUGUUUUAGGACACCUUAUUUAAUAAAUGUUUCUGAGAAGUUACAUCCAUUAUUUCAUUGUAUUAAAAAUACUUUAGUGACAUCAUUUUUGUAUAUUCUGUUGUUACUGUACUGCUUUUACUCUUUUCACUACAACAUACACAAACAAUACAUAUAUGCAGUACUCUUAUACAGCAAACACAUAAACACUGUAUAGUACACUAUGUUGUACAGUAGAUCAUGCAAAGAAAGCCCUAGAAAAAAAAAGAUUAAACUUAAUUAAAUAUUAACAUUAAUUAAAACUCUAAUUUUGAUAGAACUGCAGGAUGUGUGAUGGGACAUGCACUGAGGGUAAAUCUCUUGACCUUGGCUUGACCCAGGAAAACUAAAGGGGAGGAUGAUGCUUUGUUUUGCAUUUCUUCCAGGUCUUAGUUGGUGGUUUCUGCUUCCCUCUCUGCCAUAGUUUCUUCUACAUCUUCCAUCAUAUCAUUUGAAGUCUUUUUUACUUAUAUGCUUUGUGAUAUGCAUUAUGUGUUUGACACUGUCCUUUAUAUUUUCUGUAACACCUUUAAGUCUGAAAAUUUUCAGGCAGUCUAGCCAAGCAUUUUCCCAACAGUUAAUGAUAGUAGUCUGCUUAUUAAUUAUCCCAGGUUGUGCCGACACAGUGACAGUGAAUAUACUGACAGACACCCAGUAGUCCAUCCUGGUAUAUGGUUUCUUUGUUGGUAUUGAGAGUUUUGCUAAAAAGCUCCCUUAUGUUUUGCUUUUAUUAUGCCCUGAUUGAGUGGUUGGAUAACAUAGAGUUUAGGGGCAUGAAAAGAACAUCUAGGUUGGAGUGGGCAUUUUCAACUUCUUCAUGGCAAUGGAUUGGGGCAUUAUCCAAAAUUAAACUUUGGAGGCAAGGUUUUUGCACUGGAAAUAGCAUUCAGUUUCUUGGAUGAGCAGUUGUGAAACAAGUCCCAGUAUGUUUCUGGUAUCACUCAAAGUUUUUUAUUCCACCUACAAUGGACUGUCAAUAUGGUUCAGAUUUUUCUUUUCAAGUCUGGACAUGGGGCCCUUUACAAUACUAGGGGUUUGUACUUAAAGUUGCCCUUGGCAUUCACACAAUAGCACAGUUGUAUGUGAUAUUUGAAUAAUUCAAAGUCAGGCUUUGAAAGCCAUUUGCAUUAUAUAGGUUCAUUUGCCAACAGCCUUAUAAGCAAGCCCGUCUCAUUAGCAUUUA